AUGCCUCCUCUGUCUGCUACCUUAAGCUCUUUAAUCUCGCUCUUUGCGCUCGUUCCACUCGCGUCUGCCGCCAUCGGUCCCGUCGCGGACUUGACCAUCAGCAACGCCGACGUCACUCCCGAUGGCCACACUCGCGCCGCGGUCGUGGUGAAUGGCGAGAUGCCCGGCCCGCUCAUCACCGGUAACAUGGGGGACAACUUCCAGCUGAACGUCGUCGACAACCUCACUAACGCGACGAUGCUCACGGCAACGACCAUUCACUGGCAUGGAUUCUUCCAGAGUGGCACCAACUGGGCCGACGGCCCCGCGUUCGUCAACCAGUGCCCCAUCUCGGCCAACAACUCGUUCCUCUACGACUUCACCGCGACCGACCAGGCCGGCACGUUCUGGUACCACAGCCAUCUGUCGACGCAGUACUGCGACGGCCUCCGUGGCGCCCUUGUCGUCUACGACCCCAACGACCCUCACCUGGACCUGUACGACGUCGACGACGACUCGACGGUCAUCACGCUCACGGACUGGUACCACACCGCGGCGGCGCUCGGCUCCCGUUUCCCGACGGCCUCGGAUGCGACGCUCAUCAACGGUCUCGGGCGCACGACCAGCACUGAGGGCGCGAGCGCGAACCUCACCGUCAUCACCGUCACGCAGGGCAAGCGCUACCGCUUCCGUCUCGUCAGCCUCUCGUGCGACCCGAACUACACGUUCUCGAUCGACGGGCACAACAUGACGGUGAUCGAGGUCGACGCGGUGAACCACACGCCGAUCACGGUGGACGAGAUCCAGAUCUUCGCGGGCCAGCGGUACUCGUUCGUGCUCACCGCGGACCAGGACGUCGACAACUACUGGAUCCGGGCGCUGCCCAACGCCGGCACGACCUCGUUCGACAGCGGGGUCAACUCGGCGAUCCUGCGCUACGACGGCGCGGCGGAGACCGAGCCGACGACGGAGCAGGGCAGCGACCUCGUCCUCCUCAGCGAGACCGACCUCGUUCCGCUCGAGAACGUCACGCCGCCGGGCACGGCGGAGGUCGGCGGCGUCGACCUCGCGAUCAACCUGGAGAUGAGCUUCAACGGCAGCGCGUUCUUCAUCAACAACGAGACCUACACGUCGCCCACCGUCCCCGUCCUGCUCCAGAUCAUGAGCGGCGCGUCGUCGGCGUCCGAGCUCAUGCCCAACGGCUCGAUCAUCGCCCUUCCCUCCAACUCGUCCAUCGAGAUCUCGUUCCCGAUGACCGCAGACGCGCCCGGCCAGCCGCACCCCUUCCACCUCCACGGCCACACGUUCUACGUCGUGCGCUCCGCGAACUCGAGCGACUACAACUUCGUCAACCCGCCGCAGCGCGACACCGUCUCGACGGGCACGACGGGCGACAACGUCACGAUCCGCUUCGACACGAACAACCCCGGCCCGUGGUUCCUCCACUGCCACAUCGACUUCCACCUCGAGGCCGGGUUCGCGGUGGUCAUGGCGGAGGAUGUCGCGGAGGUCUCGUCCUUCGUAUCUCCCUCGGACGCGUGGGACCAGCUCUGCCCGACGUACAACUCGCUGUAUACCAACACGACGUCGUGA